GAAAGGAACUGCCUGCUGGACGCUAUAUAUACGGGGUCUUCCUCCCCCCCUGCACAUUCCAGCCAAACUGAGAAGAUUCAGCACGUCUGCGAACAUCUCGGCCCAUCAUGGUGUGGACAGGUGUGCUGAGGGCAGUGCUCCUCCUCUCUCUGCCCUCUUCAGGAAUCAGCAACACUGAAACCCGGAAACCCAUAGACCUGACCGCACUGAAGCACAUAGUCAGUGUGAUAAAUGUGCAUGCCAAUAAAGACCCGGCAUCUCGUUCAUCUGGAUCGUCAUCUUCAUCUGGAUCACCAUCUGUAACACAAUCAAAUCGUCGAGAAGACUUUCAGUAUGCUAUGGCAGUCAGGAUCGCAAAAAAUCAGUGUCUACAAGGUUUUAAUGAACAGGGUCUUGAACCUCUUAAAACGGAAGUCAGUAAUUUCAAGAACAACCCGGAGACGAGAGAUGUGUAUGAAGGACAAAUGGUCAUUGCGGCCAGAUCUAAGAAUGAAAGACAUUCAGAGUACAAGCUGUUAAUAGAAAAUGAACGGAAGGUGAUAAAACAAUUGUUAGAGAGCAAACAGGGAAGAAAUGAUGAAGAUUGUGUGAUCUUCUACACAUACAACUCCCCCUGUUUGAAAAGGUGCCUAAAUGAAGAGGCAGACAAGAAAACAAGAAAGAUUCAUGAUAAACAAACGACAAAAGGAAAAAAAUUAACAGGAAUUUUCAGGUGUAUUUAUAAUUAUCUUGAUGAGCUCAACUCCCUCCAAGGGCCGAGGGCUUUCGUUUUCUCUCAGAUCUACAGAGAAGACGUGGACAAGGAAGAGCUGUCAGACUGCUUCAGGAAAAUAGCAGAUCAGAUUCCUCUGUAUCAGUGUGAUAAUAACAAUAGGUGUAGGCAUUGUGGGCAGGAUAAUGAAUACUGUGCAGGUGCAGGUGCAGAUCUGGCUGGAUAGGACACUGUUUAUCUGAUCUCCAUUAAACACCACAUCCAGCGAUGAUGAACAGACCUGCUUUGACCUCAAUGCUAUUAUCUGCUCAGUUAGCACUGUUAGCAUUGUAGCUUUUUCAAGCUAACAGAUAUUUAGGCGAUGAUCAUAAACGUAUCCUGGCUCCAUAUUAUAUGCAACGUGUUGCCUGAAUGGGCAUCUCCCCGACUUGAGCUUAAAGACCUUUAACAUUACAGCUGUAUGCGAAAGUUUGAACACAGCUGGUUAAAUAGCGUGUUGAUUUUCUGGGUAAAAAUAAGUGAACACAUCCUCUACAGAGAACACCUAAAUAUUUGUACUUUUCUGCAAAUUUUAGUGCAUAUCGUCUAUUUUAACAUGGGAAAAA